CUUCUUCGGAUCGUUCAUCCUGCACACUCUCCACCAAUUCAUCCCUUGGUAGUUAAUGCCUUAGGCUGUAGAGCUCUUACUCUUAAUACUCACUACCUAGUAUUCAUUUUCUCGUUUCCAUUCAAUGUUCAAUGCUCUUCUCAAUACUUAGUACCUUAUAGUUCCAAACUCGACAUCUCUCUCUGUCCCUUAUAUCGAAAACGAAAAUGGACGAUAGAGAUCCGCCUGGCUAUCAUGCCAAUGUAGAUGGACUUCACGAAAAGAGAACCUCCAUCUCUGACAAUAUCUAUCAUGAGGACCAUGGCGCCGACACUGAUCUCAAACGCUCUCUUAGCACCCGUCAUUUGACCAUGAUAGCUCUGGGAUCCAGUAUUGGUAUGGGUCUCUGGUUAGGAAGUGGUGAGUCGCUUGCGCAAGGCGGUCCCGCUGGAAUCUUCUUGGGCUACUGUCUAGCUGGCUCCAUGAUCUGGUGUGUCUCUCACUCUAUCGGAGAGAUGGCGUGUAUGUAUCCUCUCCCAUCGGCAUUCGUACAAUGGACCGGAAAAUUCGUCGAUCCCGCCGCAGCUUUUGCACUGGGUUGGUCUUAUUGGUUCUCAUACUGUAUCACGAUCUCGAACGAAUUGCAAGCCGCGAACACCAUUAUUUCCUUUUGGACACACGCCGUGCCCGUCGCAGGAUGGAUUUCCAUCUUUUUCGUCGUCAUCGUCCUGAUCAAUAUAGGAGCCGUAACUCUCUUCGGUGAGAUCGAAGUCAUCGCCAGUACAAUCAAGUUUGGCUGGAUUUUCGUUGUCAUCAUAUCGAUGAUCGUCAUGUCUGCGGGAGGGGCAGGCUACGGUCCAGUUGGUUUCCGGUACUGGAACUCGAUGCCAUUUACACAUGGCUUCAAAGGGUUUCUUGCCGUCAUGCCUACUUGUAUCUUCGCUAUGUCUGGCUCGGAGAACGCUGGGCUUGUUGCUGCUGAAACCGCGAACCCGAAGAAGUCGGUACCUCGUGCCGUUGGGUCGAUUUGGCUUCGGCUGUCUCUUUUUUACCUGAUAGGUUCACUCAUGGUUACGAUCAAUGUCUCGCCUGAAAACCCCGAUCUCUUUGGUGGAUCUGGCACUAACGCUUCCCCUUUCGUCAUUGCCUACCGCGAUGCCGGCAUUCCUGUAUUAGCCCAUAUGAUGAAUGCUAUUAUCCUCAUUUCCGUAAUCUCGACGGGAUCCAUUUCGGGUUACGGCGGGUCGCGUACCACCAUGGGCCUCGCAUUCCUUGGCAUGGCGCCCAAGAGGAUGACGAGGGCCGACUCAAAGGGUCGGCCUUGGUAUGGCCUCAUCCCAACAUUCGUUCUCGGUGGCGGUCUUGCGUAUCUGAACGUCAGCGAAUCCGGCGCGGACGUCUUUGGAUGGUUCUCCAACCUUACGUCCCUGUUCACGUUAUUCGGCUGGGGUAUGAUUUGUCUUUCACAUAUACGCUUCCGUCUCGCAUGGGCUAGACAAGGUCGUACACCAGAGGAACUUCCGUGGCGAUCUUGGAUCUAUCCAGUAGGUCCAUGGUGGGGUCUCUGCAUGUGCAUUCUACUGAUCAUAGUCCAAUUCUACCUUUCUGUCUGGCCGCUAGGAGACUCUCCGAGCGCUGAGAAUUUCUUCGCAAACUACAUCUCGGUUAUCGUCAUCGUUGUGUUGUGGAUCGGCGCUGCAGUCUACUACAGUGUACGGGGGAAGAGGCACUGGCGGCAUUGGUGGGUUGAUCUAGAUACCAUCAACCUCGACGAAGGGCGUAGGUUUUAUGGAGCGGAUGUUGAGAAGGAAAAGGUUACUGGCGUUAAGGGGGUCGCAAAGAAAGUUGUUGGUGCUGUUUUCAAUUAGAGAGGGUUGCUGUAAGCUUUUAAAUGCGGAACCAGCAACAAUACGUAUCACCGAAAGUUACCUUGAGAAUUUUCUAUGGUCACAGAGAGAGGAGAUGAAUUGGCACGAACGGGGUCGAACUGCUUUAAUAUGGGCUUCGAGCGAGCUUACGGUACAGACUGGUAGCUUACCAGACACCAAGAAAUAUCAACCGCAUGGAGAGGAAUAUUGGCAUGAUAUGGAAUUAGUUUACACUCAGAUACCUCUUCCCAUUAAAUGCUUCGUCUAUUGAAAACCGAUGUUCUGUAA